AUGUCUAAAAGAAAUACCUUCCACAGAACACCUAAAUUUAAACCUGAAGUGAAAAUGGCUAGUAGAAGUCAGAAACAAUCUUCCAGUAUGAGUAGCAGGAAGGAGAAAGUUGAAGUUCUUCCUGAACCCAUCAAGUCAACAGCAGAUAAAAAAUUAUACAAGACGAUAAGGCUAGAGAAUGGAUUGACAGCCCUGCUCAUAUCAGAUCCCAGCCGACAGUUUGUUGCCGAGGAACUGAGUUCUAGUGAAGAAGAAUCUAGUGGUACCGAUGAGACCUCGGGACUCGAGAGUGAUAGUGGCAAGUCUGGUGGAAGUGACCAACAUGGAACUAAGAAGAGAGGUGACGUGGAUGAAGAGAAACUAGCGGCCUGCGCGUUAUGUGUGGGUGUAGGAAGCUACAGCGACCCCCACGACAUCCAAGGGUUGGCCCACUUCGUUGAGCACAUGGUGUUUAUGGGAAGCGAGAAGUAUCCAAAGGAGAAUGAAUUUGACGCUUUCAUUAAGAAAAAAGGAGGUUCUGACAACGCAUCAACGGACUGCGAAUUGACGACAUUCUACUUUGAGAUUCAAGAGAAACAUCUUCCGCACGCCAUGGACAUGUUCAGCCAGUUCUUCGUCAGCCCGCUCAUGAUGAAGGAGGCCAUGCAAAGGGAACGCGAGGCCAUCGAAUCUGAAUUCGCUAUCGCUUCUCCGUCCGAUUCAAAUCGUAAGGACCAGUUGUUAUCAAGUCUGUUCCCGGAGAACCACCCAGCUCGCACCUUCACGUGGGGAAACUUGAAGAGUCUCAAGGAGGAUAUAGACGAUGAUAACAAACUUCACACGGCAGCUCACGAGUUCAGGAAGAGGCAUUACAGCGCUCAUAGGAUGACUGUAGCCGUUCAGGCUCGCAUGGACCUAGCAGCACUGGAACAGUACGUGGUGAACACAUUCGGUCAGAUACCAACAAACAAACUGCCGCCAGAGGACUUCACCGAUUUCAAGUUCAGUCCGAGGACAAUCACACCGGAGUUCACCAGCAUUUAUUAUGUGAAGCCGGUCAGCGAUACCACUGAGGUCCAUUUGACUUGGUGUAUGCGGUCUCUAUUGUCCGAAUACCAGUCAAAGCCUCACCAGUAUAUAUCAUACCUACUGGGACACGAGGGCAAGGGCAGUCUGCUCUCUUAUUUAAGGAAAAAGGUGUGGGCAUUGGGUAUAUAUACUGGCAACUCUGAGAGCGGUAUAGACUAUACAUCCAUGUACAGUUUGUUCUCAACGCAAGUUGUGCUGACAGAAGAUGGAUUAGCAAAUAUUGACAAAGUACUGGAAGCGAUAUUUUCAUAUAUCAAUAUGCUUAAAAAGCUCGGACCAUCUGAGAGGAUCUAUGACGAAAUAAAGACAAUAGAAGAGACCAGUUUCCGUUUCGACGAGGAAUCUCAGCCUUCGGACUAUGUGGAGACAUUAUCUGAGAAUAUGCACUUCUUCCCACCGGAACAUUACAUAACAGGAGAUCGCCUGUACUACAAAUAUGACCCUAAGGGCAUUACAAGCUUACUCGAUCUCAUGAGAGCAGACACUGUCAAUAUAAUGAUACUUAGCAACAAACAUCCAAAGCCGAUCAAAUAUGAUAGUAAAGAGAAAUGGUUUGGCACGGAGUACAAGAGGGAGGCUAUAAACCCAGCCUGGUUGAAGAAAUGGUUGUCAGUAUCGCCCUACAGCCAGUUCCACCUGCCAGAGAAGAACGUGUACAUCACUACUGACUUUGAACUGAUACAACCAGCUAAACCAUAUUUAGAAGAAGCGGAACGGUUGGGUAUAGAUCUCAUCAAUAAUUCAGCGAAAGAUAUACACAGGAAGGUCGCUGCGAACGAAAUAACAAGCAAGGUCCUUAAACACGGCGAACUUAUGGCCACCGUGAAUAGAUUCAGGCUCGACCAGCCAAAUCUCCUUCGCAAGAAUCGACAUAUGGAGCUGUGGUACAAACCCGACUUUAAAUUCCGUUUCCCAACAGCGCUGCUGUACUUCUACUUUAUAACACCGUUAAGUCUCAAAUCUCCGAGAGAGGCUUGCCUACUUGAUCUCUGGAGUGACGUUCUGCAACAGGGACUUAAGGAAGACGUCUAUCCCGCCAAUAUGGCGGAUCUGACUCAUUUGUUGUACGUCACCGACAGGGGUUUGACUCUGAAGGUUUCUGGGUACAGUCAGAAUCUUCACCUCGUUGUGUCACUGAUAUCACGUGCGAUGCGCGACUCUGCCCGCGUUCCGCACGCUCUUUUCGAGGCUGUGCGCGACGUUCGUGCUAGGACCUACCAUAACGUCCUUAUUAAACCGCACAAACUGGCCAAGGAUGUCCGUAUGAGCCUUUUACUGGAGCCAUACAUGUCGCCACGUGACAAGGUGACUUUCAUACAAAAUGUCACUUUAUCGGAACUGCAAGACUUCACACAGAAGUUGCUCAACAAGAUGUACUUACAGGUACUUGUGCAAGGUAACCUCGCUUGGCACGAGGCCGUGACUAUUUCAGAGAAUGUUUUGAAAACAAUAAAAUGGGAUGGACUAGAACCACAUGAGAUCCCUGACAUCAAAGUACACCAGCUACCACUCGGAGAGCGUAAAAUCCGCGUGGCUAGCCUCAAUCCGUCAUCUACGAACAGUAUCGUCACUAAUUACUACCAGGGAGAGAAAAGUUCGCCUCAAGACGCCGCCGCACUUGAAGUACUAAUGAUGUUGAUGGAAGAGCCAGUUUUCGAUGCUCUUCGUACUAAGGAACAGCUUGGAUACAGCGUGUUCAGCAUGAUGCGUUACACCUUCGGCGUGUUGGGCUUCUCGAUUACUGUCAACACUCAAGUGGACAAGUUCAGCGUAUCCCAUGUUGAUCGUCGAGUGGAGGCGUUCCUCAAGAAGUUCGCUCGUGAUGUGAGGAGGGGUGGGGAGAAGGCGCUAGCAGCGGCGAGGCAUGCGCUGGUGCAACUCAAACAUACCGCUGACUACGAACUCAAGGAAGAGGUUGAGAGAAAUUGGCGCGAAAUCCUGACCCAGGAAUACCAAUACCAGCGUCUAUUUAUCGAGGCUGAGGCGAUAGAGAAAAUCAAAAUAUCCGAUCUUAAAAGCUGGAUAGAUAACCACUUCCCCUCAGGAAACAAGUCGCAGUUCAGGAAACUAUCAGUACAGGUCGUGGGCAACAAACCCCAAGAUGAGAGCUCCGUGGACAGACCGAAAAAUCUAUCACUAAUUUAUUCCGACUCCGGCGAAAACAGCGGCGACACGACAGAGAACGAAGCUGAUUUCAUCAAAAACAUAGAAACAUUCAAGAAAGAUCUCCCUCUCAUAAAUGUACCGAGAGUUGAACUAGCUCAAUGUUAA